CUCACGCGCCUCGGCCAGAUCGGCACGCGAUCCCCACGAGCUUCUAAAGAAGGCGAGCCGCGCGCAAAGCACUUUGAUCGAGAGGAGAUCGCAGUGCUCGCACUCGCCCUUGAGCCCGAGGAUCGCGUGCUCUUCCCCCAAACACUCAAAGCAGAAAGCAUGGAGAUCUUCGUCAGAGAGUUACAUCUGACAAGGAGGAGGACAACAAAAAUGGACCAGAUCAAUACUCAAAAAAAGAGAAGAUUAAUAGAGGAUCUCUUUCACAGUCUUCAUCUGAACAACAAGAGACUAUGUGCUGCAGAAAUUCUUCAGUUAUCAGCACAUUCAUUACAUUCCCAUGAGUCUUGUGCUGAAGAGUUUAAUAAGAUUUUCCUACAAAAACUUCUGACAAUGGAUUACAGAGCAAGAUACAUUCAAAUGAAAGAGACGAGUAAGAAUCACCAUGCAUCAUAUAGAGACACAUCUGAAGAUGAGGCUGAUAUUUUUGACAUUUUCAAAGCAAAACCUUUGUCUAAUGAAGUAAACAGUGAAUCUGAGCGAAUUCACCCGAUGGAUGUUCAGAUGGCUGUGUUUCAUUGUGCUGAUGUUUUCCUGAAGCAGCUGAUGGUCACUAAACUGUCCCAGUGUCAGUACGCUCUGCCUCUGCUUGUUCCUCAUCCAUUCACACGACAGAUUGAGUUUCCUCUCUGGACAUUCAGACAAAUCAACAAGAGCUGGAAGAUAAGAAACAAAAACAAUGAAAUAAUCAGUCAAAUCCAGCCGAUCUAUAAGGCAAAAACUCCAAUGGUGUUUUUCUUCAGGUUUGGCUCUGUGUCUUCAUCCAAGUCUCAGCUGAUGAACAGUCUGAUCAAUGAGAAACACAACACGUUCUUCCACAGGAACUGCUCAGGCAGCAGCAGAACCAGAGUCCUGAUGGAUGGACUGGUGGAGAUCGCCUGGUUCUACCCAUCUGGAACAUAUGAUGAUAAAUUCUCUGAGUGUGUUGCUUUCUGUAAUCUACACGGUGAUGCAGGAGACCAUGAGAAACAGCUGCAGAUCCUCACUGAAAUGAGCUCUGUCAAUGUUGUUCUUCUACCACAACUAGAUAAGAGUGACAGACAUGCAGAAAAGAUCCAGAACCUGUUCAGAAAUGGAAAGCCACUCAUUUGUCUUAUUGCUGAGGAUGAAUCUGAUGUAACUGUACCGAAGAAAGGGAAAUUCAAAAUUGGUCUGAAAGGCAGAAAUCAGUCAGAUUUAUCUGAAGAACUCAGAAGAGCUAUAAAUGAUUGUCUCUCAAAGUCAUCUUCCACUUUCAGACUUGAAGAUGUUUCCAAACAAGAAGACAUCAGAGUAGAUGAGGAAGAUGAUAAUGACUGCAGGAGAGGAAGAGAAGCAGCAGAGCAGAUGAUGAGUUUACUGGAGAAGAAAGAUCUGACAGAAAUCAAAGAAUCAUUUCUGCCUCAUCAGGGGAAACUGUGGCAUCAGUGGAGUCAGAAGAACAAAGAACUACAUCGACCUCAAGGAGAUGAACUGGAAAUGGAAAUAAGUGAAAAAAAAAAAUACUUGAAGAGAAUACGUGAGCGGCAGUAUGAAUGUAACAUACAUAAUUUUAUGGUGUUUUUUAUAAAAGACAUGCACUUGUGCAAUGAGAAAAAUCGUUAUUAUCUUAAAUGGCUUGGAAUCUUCCUGGAUGAAUAUACAUCAAAAGAUAUUUCAGUUCUUCAUCACAAAUAUGAUGAAACAUGGUCAGCGCUUGUAAAACUAAAAGAGAAUAAUGAUAAAUCUGAACAGUUCAAAUCUGAGCAGGCAAAGCUUAAUAAAAUAUCUGAGGAUCUUCAAGCUGCAACCUUUGGUUUGGAGCACAUCAUGAGGGAGAUCGGUCAGAUCUAUGAAUCAUGUUCAUCUGUGAAGAAGAACAAGAAAGACCUGCAGGUUCACUUCUCUUCUCUCCCGAAUCUUGCAGCAGAGAUGAUGAUCUCUGGAUUUCCACUGGAGCUGAUGGACGGAGAUGCUGCUCAUGUUCCUGUGAUCUGGAUCUCUGCUGUUUUAGAUAAACUCAUCCACAAACUGGGGAAACAGAGAGUCUUUGUGCUGUCAGUUUUAGGGAUUCAGAGCUCUGGGAAAUCCACCAUGCUGAAUGCCAUGUUUGGACUCCAGUUUGCCGUCAGUGCUGGCAGGUGCACCAGAGGAGCUUUCAUGCAGCUGAUCAGAGUCUCAGAUGAGAUGAAAACACAGGUGAACUUUGACUAUAUUCUGGUCGUUGAUACUGAGGGUCUUCGUGCUCUAGAACUGGCUGGAAGAUCAACAAGAGACCAUGACAAUGAAUUGGCCACAUUUGUUGUUGGUCUUGGAAAUAUGACACUGAUCAACAUCUUUGGAGAAAACCCUGCUGAGAUGCAGGACAUUCUUCAGAUUGUUGUUCAGGCCUUCCUGAGGAUGAAGAAGGUCAAACUCAGUCCUAGCUGUGUGUUUGUGCAUCAGAAUGUUUCGGACGUCACAGCUAGAGCGAAAAACAUGGAUGGAAGGAGACGACUACAGGACACACUGGAUAAGAUGACAAAUCUUGCUGCUAAAGAUGAAGUUUGUGAUGAAGAAUGUUUCAGUGACGUCAUUAGAUUUGAUGUUCAGCAAGAUGUGAUGUAUUUUGCUCAGCUCUGGGAGGGUAGUCCGCCCAUGGCACCACCAAACCCAAAAUACUGCGAGAACAUUCAAGAACUGAAGGAAACAAUUAUGUCUCAUGCCUCAGAAUCACGUGGAAUGAUGCUGAAAGACUUAAAACAUCGUAUUGAAGAUCUCUGGGAGGCUUUACUGAUUGAACGAUUUGUCUUCAGCUUCAGAAAUUCUCUGGAGAUUUCAGUCUACAGGAAACUGGAGACCGAAUACAGCAAGUGGUCCUGGAGUCUUCGCAAUGCCAUGAUGGAAACUGAGAACAAACUACACAACCAAAUAGAAAAUGAAUCAAUUCAUGAGGUUAAGGAAACAUACCUUCAAAGAGAAAUGAAGAACACAAGUGAUGAAGUGAAAAAAUCAAUGUCAGAAUUCUUUGAGAAAGACACUGAUGCAACUAUACUGAUUCAGUGGAAAACAUCAUUUCAAAUUAAAAUCAAAGAGCUUCAGGAAAACAUUGUGAGAGAAACACAGAGAAAAUUAAAUGAGAUUCUUCAGCAGCGAGAUCUGAAGAAAAAGAUUGAUGCUCAGAGAACACAACAUGAAAACACUCUCUAUGAAAAGAGCAAAGAACUUGCCUUAUAUCUCAAAUACAAAGCAAAUGAUGAAAAAACACUGAAAAGAGAGUUUGAUGAUUUUUGGGAACAGAGUGUCAUUAAGAUCCCCAGAGACACACCUGUAGUUAGAGACAUUGAUAUAAUCAGAGAUGUCAAAUUUCUCCUUGGUGACAUUUAUAAAAGUGUUCCUGUAGACGACUGGAAUUAUGACAUUUUCACUGUGGAAAGUUAUUCUGGAUAUGUUAUUUCCAAAAACCCCCCCAAAAGAGUGUCAAAGCGUGUGAGGCUUUUUUUUAGAAACGUUGCAGAGAAAUUUAAAUGUACUCGAUCUAAAGAGGAGGAAGCCCGAAUAAAAUCAUUUGUCACAGAUGUUUCUCAGCAGACAGACAAAAUGAUUCAGUCAUUUAACAUUUCAAAGAUGGGCUACAACAUCAGCUACAUUCAACAACUCAUAGACUACAUCAAGACAAGAGUAGCAGAACAGGAAGGACGAGUGAAAUAUAUGUUCAAAAAUGAAUUUUUUGUUGAUUUGGUUCUUUCUAUCUGUAUGAGAGCAAACAAGAUGAUCACUGAACAGUACAGAAUGUUCAUAAAUGCCAAUGAUCCAGAAAUAUAUGUCAACAAGAAGAGAGAAGAGUACUAUAGUAUUUUCCAGAAAUACUGUCAUGGAUCCACAUCAGCUGCCAUUUUUGGUGAGAUCAUCUGUCAGAAACUAAAAGAGCCCAUUGAGCAGAGUGUCUACAAGAAGACUGCCAGAGAUUUAGCAGAUGAAAUGAGAUCAAACUGUGAAUCACUGAAUGGAAACAGAUCAAAUCUGGAGAAACGUAUCCUGAAGACACUGGCAGAAGAGGAGGAUUUUGACAAAUACAUGAACUACAUUAAAACUCCCAGAGAUCACUUCAAGAGUUCCAUCAGAGAUGAAGUCAGUCGGUACAUCACUGAUAAGUUCAGUGUCAGUGUUUUUCCCAAGAUGAAGGAGAACAUUAAACUCCUGCAGCAGAAGAUCAUGAGAGCAGCACAUCAAUCUACUGAAUUUGUGAACAGAGAUGUUGGUUUGUGGUUGAAGAGUUUCACACAGCAGAUCUCAGAUGAGCUGAUCUUCUCUGAAAAAGACAUCAUUGGACUCAAACAUGAUGAUGUUGAUGAUUUUGAGCUCCUAGAAGAUGUGAUGAGACAAGAGCUUCCUGCUAUAAUGUUUGAGAUCAGCAGUAGAUUCAACACAGAGACAUUUCCAGUAAAACUGGACUAUAAACACAGACCAGAUGAGCUUCUGAUUGAUCACUUCUGUCAGUGCUGUUGGGUUCAGUGUCCUUUCUGUAAAGCCAUCUGCACAAACACCAUAGAAAACCAUGAUGGAGAUCACAGUGUUCCUUUCCAUCGUGUUUUUGGACCAAAUGGGUGGUUUUACAAAACAACAACAAACCUGUCUGUCGAUAUCUGCACAUCAGCAGUAGCAAGCAGCACUCUGUCAUUUUAUCAUCGUCCAUCAGAUAAACCAGUCCUAUUUAAAGAAUACAGAAGUGCAGGAGGAGUUUAUGCAGACUGGAGAAUUACCCCUGAUCUUUCUGAACUGCCCUACUGGAAGUGGUUUGUGUGGAGAUUUCAGAAAGAUAUGGAAAAACAAUACAAUAAAACAUUUGAGGGGAGAGGUAAGAUACCAGAUGAAUGGAGAAAAUUCUCCAAACAGGAAGCUAUUGAAAGUUUGGAUCAAUACAUGUAAUUGAAAAAUUUUAUUUAUUUUUUUUUUUUAUCACAGACCAGUUUGAAAUGAGUUUCUGUUCUUUCUGACCCCUA